CACACACUGAGGACACUCACACUGAGGACACACACACUGAGGACACACACUCGAUCCAGCCACCAUGAAGUCCAGGCUGCUUGCCGGUGCCGUCCUGCUGCUGCUGACUUUGAUAAUUGAAGGUACUGAGGCACAGCAGGAUGUGUGUGGCGAAGCUUUCCUCAACUCCAGAAUUGUAGGAGGCCAGAACGCUGCUCCAGGAUCUUGGCCCUGGAUGGCCAGCCUGCACAACAGAAGCAGACACGUGUGUGGAGGAUCUCUCAUCAACAACGAGUGGGUUCUUAGUGCUGCACACUGUUUCGACAGCACCAGCACAGCUGGUUGGACUGUCUACCUGGGACGUGACAAUCAAACUGGCAGCAAUCCAAAUGAAGUGUCCAGAAAUUUGUCCCAGAUCAUCAUUCAUUCUGAUUACAACUCCUCCAAUCUCAAGAACGACAUAGCUUUGUUACAGCUUUCCUCUCCAGUUGAAUUUACCAACUACACCAGGCCUGUGUGUCUGGCUGCACAGGGCAGCAUCUUCACUAAUGGGACGACCUGCUGGGUCACCGGCUGGGGACGUAUUGGAACUGGAGUUCCCCAACCUCCACCACAGACGCUGCAGGAAGUGGAACUUCCCAUCGUGUCCAACAGCAGGUGUCAGUCCAUCUAUGGUGGACUAAUCACAGACAGCACGAUCUGUGCCGGUGGUCUUCCAGAGGGAGGACAAGGCAUUUGUUUUGGGGAUUCUGGGGGCCCCAUGGUGAAAAAACUGGGCUCCCAGUGGACCCAGGUUGGAAUUUCGAGUUUUGUUUCUUCCUCUGGUUGCGCCCAACCGAACAUACCGGCCGGCUUUGCCAGAGUGUCCGAGUUUGAGUCCUGGAUCCGCAGCCACAUCAAGACCAACCAGCCGGGCUUCGUUCAUUCGUCUGGUGUCUCCUUCGAUGGAGGCGCUCAUCUCCUUUGUCUUUCCAUUUCUCUGCUUGUGUCCAUCUUUCCUGCCGUCUCUCCUCUGAAGUAGCAGCUGUUCUCUCUCAGCGCUUCAGGAGUGUUUUCUUCUGGAAAUUCAAAUCUGUAGACCAGAGGCUUUUCCAGCUUUUUCCUCCUCUGGACCCCAAGAUGACUUUGACUAAGCCGUGGAACCUCAUUUGAAGUUAUUUGGCCUUG